AUGGAUGAAAAAGAAAUAGCGCAACUGAAAGAAAAUGUCGGAGCGUUUAAACUGCCAGAAAUUGGAGAACGCGAAGAAGGCUAUGAAGGCCAUUAUGAAUGGAAUCCGAAUGAUCCAAAUUUUAAGGAAUUGGUCACCGCGUUUUACAAAGCUGCAAAAAAUGGCGAUGAUCAAAUAGUCGAAAUAAUUGUCUCAGGUUUAGUGCCAGGAGGAGAAGAUGGCCGAUUAUCAGCUCUUUUAAGGCUUAUCAAAUCAACUGAGAAUCUGGAAGACUUAAAAGAAGCUCUAUUGAUAGCGGUUUCUCUUGGAAGUCGGCCAUUGGUCGAGAUUGUUUUAGUGCUUUUCAACAGUUUUCCUUAUAUGGAGAGAUCUGGAUGCUCAAAUUCGCCCAAUUUUCCGCCACAUAUGACCCCUCUCAUGCUGGCCUGCAUUAUGAAUAAUUUUGCAAUCACCCAAUGCUUAUUACUCAGAGGACACACAAUUCAAAUCCCUCAUUUUCCCCAAUGCGAAUGCAAUAUUUGCACAAGAAUGACAGUGGGCUCAAGGAAUAAUACAAGAUUGGUCGACGUCAUGCGGGCAGUGUCUUCUGAAGCAUUUCUAUGGCUCGCCACUGACGACGUGUUCGCCGCGAGUUGCUCGAUCGCCAAAGAUUUGCAAAAGCUGAUCGAUGAUGAUGAUUUGGAGUUUGUCGCCACUUAUCGAGCCCUCGAAGCCAAUGUUCAGCGAUUUUUGGCGAAACUUGCCGAUAUGGCGUGGAGAACCGACGAAUUCAACACGAUCAUCUCAAAUCCUUCGCACUGCGCUCGACGAAACGUCGAACUAUCAGCGCCGCGACUUCAAAUGGCCCUCGAUUCGCAUAUGCGCUAUUUCACGUGCUCCGCCAAUGCUCAAACCGCCUUCAAAAGCAUUUGGAGAGCUGAUUGGUUCAAUUUUGGGAACAAGCCGCUGCGAGAUAUGAGCCGACUCGCCAGACACACAAUUCUUCUCGUUCCACUGGCAAUUCUUCAUAGUUUGAUUCCGAACAAAGCGGCAUCCUAUUCGAUUCCAAUGUCAAGGUAUAUCUCGCAUUGCACAUCGUAUCUAACAUUUCUGCUCAUCGCCACUCUUCAUCCAUUAUUCACUGAUUUCGGCGUCCAUAUAAUGGCAUUCUGGUGUGAGGUUUAUCUUUAUAUCUAUGUGCUCGGAUUAUAUGUUGAACGAUUGAUUCUUUAUUAUCGCGUCGGCUCGUCGAUAUUCUUCUCAUUCUGGUGGCGAUGGUUCGAUGUCAUUCUCAUCUCAUCGUUCGCAUUCGCAUUUUUGUUUUUCGUUGGCGUCAACACCGAACACACUUCUUGCAGUAUCAACGGUGUGUCGAGGAAUCAUUGGCCCUCCACCGAUUUUGCACUACUCCAUGAGAUAUGCCUCUCGGUGGCCUGCAUAAUAGCAAUCUCGAAAAUAUUUUACUAUAUGCAAUUGCUCAAAGGAAUCGGCGGCUCUGUGAUUUCUGUGGGAAAGUGCAUUGGAAAAGUGUACACUUAUUUGAUAAUUAUGAUAAUUGUGAUAUUCUCGUUCUCGGUGGGAUUGAACCUUCUCGUUGGUCCCUAUGUCAAUCGCGUUUCUGUCGAUUCGAAUGGCGCUGUUGAAGCGAGAACAAAUGAUGAAUACAGCACACUCGGCACAUCAACGAAAAACUUGUUCUGGUCCAUAUUCGGCUAUUUGGGCCCGUCGACGUACACCACUGUCGCCGGCAACGCGGGUCCCGAGCAAGAGCCCGUCAACCAUCCAUUCAACACAGCUGCCGUCGAAAUGCUUGGCGCGUUGUACCAUGGAAUCAUAAUCAUUACACUCAUGAAUUUGAUGACGUCGCUUCUCGUCAAAAAAGCCGAUGAAGUGUUGGACAAUGAAGAGCUCGAGUUCAAGUACACACGCGCGGCGAUCUACUCGGAAUUUUUGUCGUGGGAAAUGGCGGCGCCGCCGCCGCUCAACCUCAUCCUCAUUCCCGCCCAUUUGAUCUACCGCAAAUUGCGCGGACAAUUGGCGUGCGCGUCGCCCGGUUGGGGCUCGAAGCCGAGCGCCGACGAACACGAGGAGAAGAUUCUUCAAGACAAAUGCAAUGUGAGACUCCGCGUCUGGGCGACGAUCUUCCAUCGAUUCUGCGCCGCGAAAGAAGUGAAAUUCAAAUCGAUCUGGAGAUCCGAGUUUGAUAAGGAAGAGAAGCAACCAUCGCGUGUCGCCUAUCUCACAAAACUCUCGCCGGUUCAACAAAUCGCGUUGAAGUAUGUCGAGCCGGAGAAGACCUAUGAGAAGUGUCGAACGCGAAAAGCGGCCCUAAUCGAGAAGCUGAGCAAAAGAGCCAAUUGA